AUGAAGACCAUACUCCUCCUCAUUCUCGCAUUCCCUUUCUUGGGCGCCGGCGGCGAGCGUUGCCCCGGCGUCCCGUCAAUGGCAGUGGAGGCGGCCUGCCGAAAGGCGUGCGGCACCAAGCUCAUGCACGACAUGUGCAUGGACACGCUCCGCGGGGGAUUCGAUCCUAGCCCGUCCGUCCACAUCGAGGUCACCGAGUAUGCGCUCCUCGCCGCGCACCGCGCCCUCGAGUCCUACGGCGCCACGGCUGCCGCCGCGGCCGAGCUGCUCCGCAACGGGUCGCUCUCUGGCGACGAGAGGGCGGCCUACAACACAUGCUUGACGGAGUACUCCUACGCUGUGCAGUGCAUGGAGCACGUCGCCGGCGACAUGGUAGCGCGUUGCCGGUUCGCGAGUGUAAGACAAUAA